CGGCAUAUUUUAGCAUUGAUAAUAUCUUUAGUCAAGGUUUAACUACAAAUAUUUAGAGAAGUUAGCUAUUCUUUCUUACUUAGUUUGUGCUACCUAACCUGCCAUGUUUCAAUACUGUGUCUUUAUAGUGUUACUCAAUGCACAAAUCGGAUUUAGCAUUGAACAAGAAUCGCAUGACUAUGCCUUAUCCCAAGUACACAUGUUCCCAUUGUUGCAACUUAAAGAGAAGGCGGUUGGGAAUCUAAAAAAAUAUACCUUCUCAUUACAGAAACGAUUAUCGUAUAUCAAAUUAGCCAUUAGUCAAGUGAAAUGUCUGCAAAUGUCUAUCAACUCAACUAGCAUCUUCGAUAAAUUUAAACUAACGCGACUUUUGUAUUCUGACCUGGAAAAAUGGUUCGAUUUUUUAAAACAAAAUCCCGGCAGUGAGGAAAUACUUAUAUCGCAAAGUUUACGACCAAAAAUGCCUACAAAAAUGGAUUAUUACGAAGGUCUGUAUGCCAUUCAUCGGUUGCAGUCUACUUAUCGAUUAGAUCCUGCGGAAAUGGCGAAUGGAUUGCUAGGAGAACGGAAAUACAGAUGCAAGGCCUGGAGUGCAAUGGAGUGCCUUAUGGUGGGCUCUGUUUACUAUCUGGAUGAACAGUUUCGGGGUGCGGAACGUUGGUUUCAAUUGGCCCUCGAAAAAUACUACAAAGACCGGAAACUAUUUGAAACAUUUGGGUGGAACCGUGAAUUUAUUUUAAAGCUGCUCAUAAAGGCAUCCCAGAGUUCCGGUCGUUAUAAAGCCGCCUUGGGUUACGCCAAAAAAGCCGAUUCUAAUACCUAUUGGCAAGAACAAAUUGGCAGGCUCAAAAACUUGAGUAGUCAGCCAGAGGUUCUUAAACCCAAAGAGCGAAAAAAUAGUUACACAUUUAAGCCAGCUUGUCGCAUGGUAUAUCCCGAUAAAAAUAAUCUGCAUUGUCGUUAUCUAAGCUCAACGCCAUUCCUAAAACUAGCUCCCAUACAGAUGGAAGAGUUGAAUCUUGAACCACCUAUUAAUAUGUAUCACAAUCUAAUUAAUGAGAGGGAAAUCUCAGUGCUCAAGAAUCUGUCAAGACCGCACCUAAAACGCAGCGAAUUUAUCACAGAAGGUAAUAAGGUGAUUCAGGAUUUCUUAAAUCUACGCACUUGCAAAACAAUGCGCCUCCAGGAUAAUGCUGAUGAAAAACUUAUAAAGAAUUUAAAUCAACGCAUUACGGAUUCGACAGGCUUGAGUGUAUUGGAGUCUGAAGAGCUUGUGCUUACUAACUAUGGCAUUGGGGGACAUCUCAUUGAGCACCACGACGCCGGCACUGACCUUUUAAAUGAUUUUUGGAACUCUGGAAAUCGGGUUAUCACAGCACUAUUUUAUCUUAGCGAUGUAUUGCAAGGCGGUGAAACAUUGUUUCCUUACUUAGACCUACGAGUUCAUACUCGAAAGGGCUCCUUGUUGGUUUGGUACAAUCUCUUACUAAAUGGAUCUAUUGACUGGAGAGUGGAGCACAUAUCCUGCCCCAUUUUAAUUGGUGAUAAGUGGCUGGCCACCAAAUGGUUACGAGAAAAGCCCCAAAUGUUUAUACGCCGUUGUCCCUUGGAGUUGAAACCAGUGCCUGAAUUUCAAAACAUGGGUUUUUAUCAGAAGUUCUUCGUCGAAAAUGAUCAACCGUAUCAGUUUACUUUAUGAUAUCGAGACGGAAUAUGUUUUAACUCAGAAUUAAAUUUUUAAAUAUAUAUUUUUCCUCA